AUGGUCCACAAAGUUCUCACAAAGUCCUGGUCGCUUCAACACGCCGAUCGCCACGCUUAUGUCGUCGCACAAGACCAAAGCUUUUCUCAGCAAGAGUUUCCGCAUGCUGAAGACGUUAAUCCCAUCUCGGCUACCAACACCAUCUGGGCCACGAUCGGAGAACGCCUUCGGGCCGAUAACACCAACAUGCGCAACAUUUCCCGUUCAUCAAUCAACUUUUUAACGGACGGCAUGCACGAGUCCCCUCAUACCGUCGACGGCAUGUUGGCUCUACUUCGCAAUCAUAUGGAAGUCAGCGAUGCAAGCAUGAUGGAUGUCUUGGGUCUUCGCGAGUCUACGGUCGACGACAUCAUCCGUGCAGAAGAGGAUGCCGAGAAGAAUGGUCAGGAACUGUACUACAUCAGGAGCUGGGCCAUGACAGUUGAAGAUCUUUAUCAACUGAUUGAAAGGUGGCAAGAUGACGAAAUCGAUCCCGAGGAGGUCUACUUUUGGUUAAGCCCAUUUUUGCUGUUGCCUGCCGAUCAGCGCUCUGACAACAUGUGCUACAUUCGCUACGUUGGCAAAUGCCGGUAUCCUACAGUUCCUUACAAGCGAAUGUUAGCGGACAUGAGGCAACGUGACAGCGGCCUUCUUUGCCAUUUCACGACCAUUCUCGAGCGCCAGUUCCCUGACACGUACGCUUCCGGACGCACGUUUGAGUUUCCGCGUGCUACACUGGAUGUCUUUGUUUCGGACCAGAUUCGGGAUGAUCGCGAACGGAUUCUGAUUGCCUUCUUUGGACGUGAAUCGCUACUCAAUCAGCAACCUGGCGGAUUCUACGCAUCCUACGUCCCAGACAUUACAGACCAUACAUUGUUUGAGACGCUCAAGACACAGUUUUGGUACCGCUUUCAACGUGCAUCCGCCGCAUGCACCGAAUCCAUCAAAGCCGGUCUGCGAGACUGGAUCACCGAAAUCACUGGCAUCACCGAAGCCUACCCAGUCGAGACCUGCACCUCCCAGCAUGCCAUGACAGAUGCCUUGCUCUCCACGAUUCGCUCACAAGCUACGCCUCGUACGGUCAAUGGGCAUACCAUUAUGGCAUUGAUUGGAAAGGAUGUUACCCGGGAAGACUAUUUGAGCGGUUCCUCCUUUCUCUCUGGUUCGUCACGGGCAGGCUAUCUUACGAGGGACUUUCUUGCUCGCCUUCAAGCAUCCGAGCAAAACUUACGAUCGUGGGAUGCGACACAGCUCACUGUACAGCCCUUUCCGUUCGUCGAUCUAUUCCCUUGGCUCUCCUUGGAACCCGUUGAUGCUGCGUUGGAUCAGCUGGGAUCCUACUUGCGAGUCACUCGGCCCCUUUUGUGCGUCACCUUUUCGUUCAAAGUGACGUCCUGUGCGAUGGCCAACUUUUACCGCCCGUAUGGCCUUACGACACUCGCAGACUUUUUGACGGCAGUGGGAUGCCCGCGGAUUCAACACUAUGCGACUCGCGACUGGCUCACUGAUGAACAAGCAAGCGCACCUCCGUCCGGCUUUUCCACCAUCAUCAUCCCCCAUUACCAUCCGGGAUACGACAAGUAUGGUUCUCAACCUUGGGAGCUUCGUCGAGUCCUAGACAUUGCAUGGAUGAUCACCAUAUUCAUUGCAACCAAGGCCUUGGACGUUGCCAGCGCUGGCCAUGACAAUCGUGAUGAGAUGGUGACGAGAAUCUUUGCCACUGUGGAUCCAGACAGUGCCACUGUCGACCCUCGACUGGUCAAGGUGUACCAAGAGCUCGAUGUCGCGAAAGAAGACUUGCGUUCCUAUGUCGAAAACGAACGAGGACGGAUCUCGCGUCUUCCUACCCGACACCCAGUGUUUUACGGGGAAUUGCAAGCUCUCCGUGCCCAACAGGCCGCCAAGGAUCGUGUUGUACGAGGCUUUUUCGCAGAGGGAGAUGCGCAAAGCGAGUCUCGCAUGGAACAGGUCAACUAUCUGUGGAAAGUGCAGUAUCCCGACCUCAUGAUGCAUAUUCCCCCCGGUCCUGGAUCCGAGCAACAGUGGAAGCAAUGGGCUGCCAGUCGCAAACAAGGGACAUCGUUCUACAUGUCCUCCCUGGUCCUUGCUUCAAGAGUGCGCGGUGUACCAGCGAUGCGGAACGUCCUGAGGCCUUUUGCACCCGAAGGUGCCGGUGAUGAUGAUUCUUGGAUGCAAGAUCCUCAACUAUUACAGCGGGCCAUCGAAGCCAAGGUUGCGCAAAUGGUUGCCGGGCAGCCUGCGAACCACUUUUCAAGUGAAAAGCAGCGCGAAAGGAGACUGGGACGUAUAACCUACCACACAAGCUUGGAGGGCACUCUGAUCAAGAUUGACGGACACGGUCGUGUGUCCUUAUUUUGGCAAGAUCCUGACGGUAGCCGACUCCGCAUCAAGCUUCGUGUAGCGCAAACUUUGGCGACGGUCCUUCCCAAUGACAAGCGCUUCAUUCACUUUGUGGAUGAAGGAAUCUCGAUCAAGGAUCAGAAUGGCCGCCUAAUGACCAUUUCUCGUGGCAAGGAAACUGUCAUUGUGAAAAAGACUGUCUUUUCAUUGUUGGAGGAUGGGGACAACCUGACCAGACUGUGGACCCAUGAGCGUACCCUGCUUGGACACCUGGCACCGACACCCGCUGGACCGUCGACUACUCUGCCCACCGCUGGACCGUCGACCACUCUGCCCACCGCUGGACCGUCGACCACUCUGCCCACCAAAGGACGUGAUGCCUUUCGCAGCAGAACCAAACCAGAAAAAGUUGCGGAAUUCAACCUUCCCUUGGCUCAGAACGAUGCACUUUGGCUCCUCUACAAAUGGUUAGAGCAGGACUAUCCUACGGGGGGCACAUUCAACGCAGCGGAUCCGGGCGACUUUCCUACUUUGGCCAAUGAUUCUCUGCAAAUGCGUUUUGCAGACUUUCUUGCCAAUCACCACGAUCACCCGUAA